GAAUACCACGAAGCUCCCCGUGUUAACCAGGUGGGGAUCCAGUAUCUUUCAGAAGGGCUUCACAAGAAAAUCUUUCCCUCUGAACCUGUGGAUGCAUACUUGAAGCCAGAAGAGCCUGAGCUUUUGAAGAUAGCCAAACUGCAUUUGAAACACAACGAUUUGCUCGACAAAAAGACCAAUGUAGUGGAACCUAUAGAUAUCAACAACUUCCCAUCAUUAGUGGGAAAAACCUUGGAUGAGCAUUUCUACAAGAUAGGCAAGCGUAGCGCCGAGCCAUAUUUAACUAUGGCGAAUAAGCUUUUUUCACAAGAACUUCCUCCAAGACCUGAAAACUGGUUAUUCGAACCAGGCUGGUACCGAUAUACUCCUGAUAAGGAGCCUGAACUGGUGCCGUAUCCUUUGGAAGAUGAGCUUGUGUUUGAUGUAGAGGUACUAUACAAGAGGUCCAGUUAUUCCGUGCUAGCCACUUGUGUUUCAACGGAAGCUUGGUACGGUUGGGUUUCGCCAUUCUUAACAAACUAUGCCCAGGAUCCCUCAUACAGCGACUGGGAACAUCUAAUUCCUUUCAACAGCUUGAAAAAGCCCAAAUUGCUCGUUGGAUUCAACGUUAGCUAUGAUCGAUCGAGAAUCCUAGAAGAGUACAACAUCAGACAGUCACAAGCGUUUUUCCUUGACGGAAUGGCUCUCCACGUUGCUAUCAGCGGAAUUUGCUCACAACAAAGACCAAAAUGGCAACAGCACAGGAAGAGCAAGAACCAGUUAGAAUUCCUGGAAGAGUACGAAGAAGAAAUUGCGAAGACAGAAUUGGCAGGGUUCGGUGAAGAAAUAUCCAAGGAAUUGGCCAGUGACCUUGUAGAUGAUCCAUGGCUAGAUCAUGGUGCUCCCAACUCGUUGGCUAAUGUUUUAGAUUUUCAUUGCAAUGUUAAAUUAGACAAAUCGCAACGAGACUUCUUUUCCUCUGAAAAUCCCAUGGAUGUCAUAAGUAACUUCAACGAUUUGAUGAACUACUGUGCUUCCGAUGUAGAUGCAACUUUUGCAGUCACAAAGAAGCUCUUUCCUGAGUUUCUAGAAAAGGUUCCACAUCCUGUUUCAUUCGCUGCUUUAAGACACUUGGGAACGUUGAUCCUUCCGACUACCACGAAAUGGGACAACUACAUUUCUACAGCAGAAGAAAUCUACCAGGAUAAUAGAGGUCAAGUUUCAGCAAACUUGAGAACUCGUGCUAUUGAACUCAUUCAGUAUAUCGAGAAAAAUGAUCCGAAGUUGAAACCAAACUUGGAUGACGAUCCCUGGUUAAGACAGUUGAAUUGGACUAUCAAAGAGCCUAGAUUAAAGAAAGACGGAACACCGACAGCCAAACAGGCAUUCAUGACAGGCUAUCCAGAAUGGUACCGUGAACUCUUCAAAACGACCGAUGGCGCCACCAAACAGAGGGAGAUGAACUUGACUGUUCGUACUCGUAUUACGCCUUUGCUUUUGCGACUCAAAUGGGAAGGUUAUCCAUUGAUAUGGACAGAUUCUCAGGGCUGGUGUUUCAAGGUACCUUUUGACGAAGAAAUUUUCACAAAACUUGAAACUCAGAACUACAUUAGAGCCCAAUUAAAUCAGAAGGAUCUAGAUUUACUACUCCCAGAACUACGCGAUAAUGGCAACAGCUUUGAGUUGUUCAAAGUUCCACACCCAGAUGGAGCUAAGAAGAGAUGUACUCAGAUUAUGUCAAAGAGCUAUUUGCGUUAUUUUGAAGAUGGUACACUUACUUCUGAGUACAACUAUGCUCAGGAGAUUUUAUCAUUGAAUUCUGCUGCUUCGUAUUGGAUGGGUAACAGAACGAGGAUUUCUGAACAGUUCGUUGUUUACAAUGACAAGAGCGGCGAGAAGAAUAAGUUCUUUGAUUCCAAGAAAGAAGCUAAGGAUGCUACAAACAUGGGAAUUAUCUUGCCUAGACUUUGUACUAUGGGUACAAUUACUAGAAGAGCUACAGAAAACACAUGGCUCACUGCUUCGAACGCCAAAAAGAACCGUAUAGGUUCGGAGUUGAAGUCGUUGAUAGAAGCUCCACCAGGGUACUGUUUCGUAGGCGCCGAUGUAGAUUCGGAGGAAUUAUGGAUUGCUUCCCUUGUAGGGGAUUCCAUGUUUAAGAUCCAUGGAGGCACAGCUCUUGGAUGGAUGAAUUUGGAAGGCGACAAGCACGAGAAGACAGACUUGCAUUCAAAAACGGCAGAAAUCCUAGGGAUAUCUAGAGGUGAUGCUAAGGUUUUCAACUAUGGGAGAAUAUAUGGAGCAGGUGUUAAGUUUGCAACUCGACUCUUGAAGCAGUUUAAUUCCAAGUUGUCUGAAGCGGAGGCUGAAGAAACAGCAAAACUUUUGUAUGCUCGUACUAAGGGAGAAAUGUCUUCAUCGAAAUACUUGAAACGGAGACUUUACCAUGGUGGAACCGAAUCUGUCAUGUUCAAUGCCUUGGAAAGCAUCGCCUACCAAAAGAAUCCCAGAACACCGGUAUUAGGAGCUGCUAUCACUUCCGCAUUGACUAUUGACAACUUAAACAAGAACAGCUACUUGACGUCGAGAAUCAAUUGGGCAAUUCAAAGCUCUGGUGUGGAUUAUUUACAUUUACUUGUGGUUUCAAUGGAGUAUUUGAUCGACAAGUACCAGAUCGAUGCCAGACUAUCCAUUACUGUUCACGAUGAAAUCAGAUAUCUUGUCAAAGAAAGUGAUAAGUACAAAGCUGCCUUGUUAUUGCAGAUCAGUAAUGUCUGGACUAGAGCCAUGUUCUGCGAACAACUCGGCAUCAAGGAAGUUCCACAAUCGUGUGCUUUUUUCUCUGAAGUUGACAUUGAUCAUGUGCUCAGAAAAGAGGUGUCUAUGGAUUGUGUUACCCCUUCAAAUCCCAAAGCUAUCCCAGUUGGCGAGUCGCUUGGGAUAAACCAGCUACUCGAAGUUUGUGGCAAUGGAGACAUAUUGACCGAUGGAAGCACACCUAAGAAACUAAAGCUUUCGAACUACAAGUAUGAGAAGCGAGUUCCAGUCAUGAAGAAGCUCGACGAAGAAUCGAAUGCAAUUGCCAAUAUAGCUAAGAUCAGAUUACAGAACUCUAUUGACAAGGAAGAAUGGAGAAAGAACAUUGGCACAUACAUCAAACUGAAGAAGAACUCAGACUUUGAAGAAGCACAACGACAAUUCGAU